GUUAUCAGAGCUCCACUUAGGUCGAGAUGUUUCCCCCUCUAGCAAAGCUGACAAUAGCAAUCCAUUACGUUUGAAAAAGAAAUGUCUAUGUGGAUCUUCAAAAUGACGGGGUUAUUUGACGUGAUCAUUGAGGUACUUGUACAGUCAAAUAAGGAUGGCGCAGUUGAACAUGAUCAUAAUCUAACAUGCUUAUAUAUAUGCCUUCUUAUAUUUCUAUUUAGUGUAUUUGCAUAUCUUGCAUACUGAAAACUCAACUCUGUUUGAUAUAUUCGAAGCUUUUUAGAUGCCAAAUUUAUUAGGUGUACUUUGGGAUGAUACGCAAAUGAUUUUACCUGAACAUGCUAUACCAUACCAUAGAAAGCGGUAUGCAAGAAUGUUGAACUUCUCUUGCUGGAUUAACCAGCUAAAUCAAAACAACAAUAUAAUAUGGAGGUCACAAAUUCUACCUGCAAUUACUGGCUGCAACAUGGAAGGAUUUAUUGAUGGUACUUUACAGGCACCACCACUUACCUCUGUUGUAAAUACAACCAGUGAUGGCCUACCUGUAAGUGUGGCUGCUCCAAAUUCAACUUUUCAUCAAUGGAGACGUGAUUACAAACUAGUAGUGCAAUAGGGAGUUUGUUUGGUAGAGAUAAAAUGUUCAAGAAAAAAUCCAUGCCUAGCUUGGGAGGAGGGAGGAGGGAGUAAAAAGUUGUGGUGGGUGGACGUUAAAUCCAUCCUAAUUCAUGUAAAAAAUGAGGGAUUGGACUUUUGAAGCUGGAAAAUCUUGAUGCUUAGCAAAAUUAUAAAACAACUUCCAAACCCCUUGUAAUUAGUAAAUGAAAAUUCAUAAUACUACCAGCAGAUCCAUUAAAAAAUACGUUUUUACAACAUGAACUCUCCUUUGUUUUUCUAUAUGAUUACAUUUUUAGCAGAACAGCUGAAAUUGGCUACCAAAGAAAGCAUUAACAGAAGUAAAAAAAUUCAGUAGCUUCCUUUGAACUAUCAUAAAAACAGUAUAUAUUUCUGAAAUUCCAUCCUUCUUUUCCCUUCAUCCGCAAAUGAAUUUUCCCAACGCGUGUUCUUUUACGAUUUGCUAUAGUAUAGAGACUGAAACUUGAAAGAAAUCUUCUACUAAGAUGGUUAACAAGAAAAUAAUUUCCUCUUUUCCAAGAAACUUCCAUUAGGGGAAAAAAUAAAAAACAGAGACAAUGAACCACAACAUUAUAAAUUUCUCUAUCUUGCAUUAGAAUAAGUUGUCUAAAACAAAAAUUCGUAUUAGUAGUGCAUUUAGAUGGGAAAGCUGGAAAAAUUUGUCAAUAAAAGUGUAUCGUUGGGGUUUGAAUAUUAACAUGCUUAUUCAUUUAUAACGUGUAGGCUUGCAGCAAAAUCAAGUUCUAUGAAUGCCUUCUAAUCUUUCUAUUUAAUGUAUUUGCGAAUCUUGCAUACUGAAAACUCACCUCUGUUUGAUAUAUUCUUAGCUUCUUUGCAUGCCAAACUUAUUGAAGUUAAUUUGGGACGAGAGGUAAGAAACUUAUUUUGGGAGUUAUUUUGGCAUGCCAAAUGUACUGAAAACUCAUCUCUGUUUGAUAUAUUCAAGGCGUCAGCUUGCUGCUUAACUUCUUUGGUUAUAGACGAUUUUACCUGAACAUACCAUACUAUACCAUAGAUUUUAAUAUGCAAGAAUAUUGCACUCCUCUUGCUAAAUAAACCAGGUAAGUGCUUAUGUUUGAUGAAGAAGU